AUCAGCGAGCGCCGCAGCGGCCGUGCCACAGCCCGGAAGCGCCGUGCCGAGCUCCCGCCUUAAAGGGACCGCGCUGAGCUGCGCCCCAUGGCGAGGCCCGGGCACGGCUGGAGCGGCGCGGCGGCGGCAAAGCGGGGCUCGGCGGAGGAAGAGGAGGGCGAGGACCCGCUGGACGCCAGGAUCGCGCGGAGCGGCUGCCUGGAGCAGCACCGGCAGCUGCAGGAGUGCAUGGCCGAGCGGCGGGACUGGCGGCACUGCCAGGAGCAGGUCCGCGCCUUCGGAGCCUGCAUGGCCCGGCGGCAGCAGCAGCGGCAGCGCGGCACGGGCCCGGCCCAGCCCCCGGACUGACACCCCCGGACGGACAGACCCCUCCUCUCCGGCUUGCUUUUUAUCCCACUCCUUAGAAAGCCAGGUGGAAUUGCUGGGAAAUAAACCUGGAGUUCGGCAGCCCUCGGCUUGGUGUGUGCCAGUGGGAGAGGGGGGCUGGUUCGGAGCGUACAGCAUCGAGGUGUGCCAUGGUACAUUCAGGUGGGACAUCAGCAGGAAUUCCCUCAUGGACAGGGUUUUCAACAUUUGUAGGGACUGCCCAGAGAGGUUUGGAGUACCCAACAA